AUGCUUCGUCUGUCGCCGCUGUGUCUCCUCUGGGGCUGCUUGUUGACCGCCGUCCACCCAGAACCACUCACUGAAUGCAAAGAAAAUCAAUACCCAAUAAACAGUCAGUGCUGUAAUUUGUGCCCACCAGGAGAGAAAUUGGUGAAUGACUGCACAGAGAUUACCAACACAGAAUGCGUUCCUUGUGGGAAAGGCGAAUUCCUAGACACCGAGAACAGAGACAGUCACUGUCAUCAGCACAAAUACUGCGACCCCAACCUCGGGCUCCGGGUCCAGAGGGAGGGCACCUCGAAAACAGACACAACUUGCACCUGUGACGAAGGUCGACACUGUACGACUGAUGCCUGUGAAAGCUGCACGCUGCACAACCUGUGUCACCCUGGCUUUGGGGUUAAGCAGAUCGGUACAGGGGUUUCGGAUACCAUCUGCGAACCCUGCCCUGUCGGCUUCUUCUCCAAUGUGUCAUCGGCUUUUGAAAAGUGUCACCCUUGGACAAGCUGUGAGACCAAAGGCCUGGUGGAGCUACGGGCAGGGACUAACAAGACUGAUGCUCUCUGUGGUUUCCAGUAUCGGAUGAGAGCCUUGGUGGUGAUCCCCGUCAUUAUGGGGAUCCUCUUUUCUAUCCUGUUGAUGUCUGCAUGUAUCCGAAAGGUGGCCAAGGAGCCAGACAAUAAUAAGGGCUUCCAACUUGAAAACAAGUGGCAGGAUCCUGUGGAGACCGAUGUGGAUUUUUCGGGCCCGCACUCCACUGCUCCAGUGCAAGAGACCUUACACGGGUGCCAGCCGGUCACGCAGGAAGAUGGCAAAGAAAGCCGCAUCUCAGUGCAGGAGAGACAGUGAGGCUGUGCGUGCCCAGAAGCGUGGCAGCAUGGACAAAUGCACACGUGUGGCCUGGGACCCUGGAGCUGCUGCUGACACGUGAGGGGGAGGGGCUGGCGCUCUGCACAGACCCCCUGUGCCUGCACCCCUGUGGCUCAGAAACAGUUCACCUCUGGGGAGCCUCCCACUCCAGCCUGGAGCCCAUUCAAUCUCCCAACUUGCUUUUAAAAGAUGGAGGCAAAAGUUUUUUGGGGGCCUACAGUAAUACCUUCAAACCCUCCAACCCAGAGGUUCAUUCAGUGCCCAGAGAUGGAUCAUGGCGGUUUCUAUGAACCCAGGCGGGCAGCUGCAUGAAUAUCCACGGCAGGCAGCGUUGUUUGUGACAGUGAACAACUGGAAGCCACUUAACUGUCUAUCAACAGAGGACUGGCUAAAUAAAAUUGUAAUAUAUUUAUGCAACAGGAUCUCAAAAACACUGUCAUGGAAAAAAAAGGUUGCAGAAUAAUGGGCAUAGAAAACAUUCUUUUUUAAAGCACAUACCCCAAAACAAUGUGAUCUAUCAUCUCUAUGUAUGUAUAAAAUAAUAUACAUUGUAUAUAAGAUAUAACAAGGGUUCUGGAAGCAUCACUCAGAGCGUUGUAAAGUCUGGGUUGGGGAAAUAGGCGCUGGGGGAGGGUUGGUUAAAGGAAGAUUUGACUUUCCCAUAAUGCUUCAUUGUU